GAAAACUGAACACGUCACUUCGGUCCUCAGGACUCGAGUGAUGUACUAUUUAUAGUUGUCAUGUCAUGAACUUGGUAACCGGCUACGCAAUUAGAUGUCCAUGGCCUCUUCAUUACCUUUCUUACAAGUGAAUUGCUCCAUACACAAGCCUUCCUUCUCAGACAGAUUUCAUGGCAUCAAAACCACAGUCUUCUCUACUCUCAAACCAUUCUCAAGAGAGUUGCAGGUACAUCCUCUGCAAAUUGACGUCUCCAAAGCCAUCAAGAACGCUUCUUUGAAACUGUUGGAUGCCUUUGUUGAUUCUGUUUUUGUGUUUGUUGACCACUCAUUGCUCCCAUCUCAGUCCUUGCAGAGCAACCUUGCUCCGGUUGAUGAAUUGAAGAAAGCUGUUCUUGUCACCGGCAUUGAAGGGACGGUUCCAGAUGAUUUUCCUGGUGGUGUCUAUAUCAGAAAUGGACCAAAUCCACUUUUCGGGGGACUGAAAUCAACAGUUUCUUUAUUUGGAAGGUCAAGUAACAUUUGGGUGGAAGGAGAAGGGAUGCUUCAUGUUCUGUACUUUAAUAAAUCUAUUGAUGGAAGCUGGACUGUCCUCUACAAUAAUCGACAUGUCGAAACCGAAACGUUUAAGCUAGAAAAACAUAGAAACAAACCAUCUUUUCUUCCUGCAAUAGAAGGCAAUUCAGCAGCAAUUUUAUCAGCUUUCUUCCUGAAUCUGCUGCGGUUCGGAAAAAUUAACAAGCACCUUAGUAACACCAAUGUAUUUGAGCAUGCGGGGAGAUUCUACUCAGUUGCUGAAAAUUACAUUCCUCAAGAAAUUGACAUCUUCACACUCAAAACAUUAGGCAAUUGGGAUGUCAAUGGAUCCUGGAACCGACCUUUUACUAGCCACCCAAAGAGAGUUCCAGGGACUGGGGAGCUGGUAAUAAUGGGAGUGGAUGCAACAAAACCUUUCAUGGAAGUGGGAGUAAUUUCUGCUGAUGGGAAGAGAUUGGUUCAUAAAGCGGAUCUAAGAUUUAAUAGAUGCACCCUUUGCCAUGAUAUUGGAGUUACAGAGAGGUACAAUGUGAUCUUGGAUUUUGCACUAACCAUAGACAUAACCCGGCUACUUAGAGGAGGCCCGUUAAUUCAGUAUAAUAAGGAAGAAUAUUCAAGGAUAGGGAUAAUGCCUCGCUAUGGUGAUGCAAAUUCCAUCAAGUGGUUUAAGGUGGAACCAAACUGCACAUUUCACAUCCUUAAUUGCUUCGAGGACGGUGAUGAGGUCGUGGUGUGGGGAUGUAAGGCUCUUGAUUCAAUCAUACCAGGACCUGAUAAGGGAUUAGAUAAAUUUGAGUGGUUUUCAAGAAGGUUUAGACCUAUACAAUCAUCAUCAGUUGAAGAAAUAACUAAUAGCAGUAAUGAAGUUGGCUUGUCGUUUAGUCGUUGCCACGAAUGGAGAUUAAACAUGCAAACCGGAGAGGUUAAGGAGAAAUAUCUUACAGGAACUGAAUUCUCUAUGGACUUUCCAAUAAUCAAUGCAGACUUUACUGGUCUCAGAAAUAAAUAUGGCUACACACAAGUUGUGGACUCUGAGGCUAGUUAUGUCUCAGGCAUGGCAAAAUAUGGAGGUCUAGCCAAAUUGUACUUUGAAGAGGGAGAGAACAAAUUCGAUGAGGUGAUAAAGGUGGAAUACCAUAAAUUUGAGAAGAACACCUUUUGCACUGGAGCUGCUUUUGUUCCUAAAACAGCAAGUACUCCUGAAGAAGACGAUGGUUGGAUCAUCACUUUCGUCCACAAUGAAGAUACUAAUGUCUCUAAAGCAUAUAUAAUUGACGCCAAGAAGUUCACUGCUGAACCAGUUGCGAAGUUCACAUUGCCUUCCAGGGUCCCAUAUGGUUUUCAUGGAGUAUUUUUACCGACCCAAUUGCAAAACUUCACGUAAUAAAGCUUUCAGAUUUGGAUAAUAUUUACUUCAGGAAUAUCUCUCAAUCUAUGUACUCAGGUGAAUGAUCUAUAAUCCAAAUAUAUCACAGCUAAAAACAUAUGUCGACCGUUUAUAUAACUAGGUGUAUACACUGCUCGUUCAUGGUUUUAAAAUAGACUGAUUAGUAAUCAUAUGAUAUGA